UUGAAUCAUAAAGUUUCUGACAUUGUUAUCAACUAUGCCGGAGGACUUCAUCAUGCCAAAAAAGCUGAAGCAAGCGGAUUUUGUUAUGUGAACGAUAUCGUUAUCGCCAUACUGGAAUUGCUCAAAUACCACAAACGGGUACUUUAUGUGGACAUUGACAUUCAUCAUGGAGAUGGAGUUCAAGAAGCAUUUUAUUUCACAGAUCGGGUGAUGACAGUUUCGUUUCACAAAUAUGGAAGCUUGUUCUUUCCUGGAACAGGUAGCAUUUAUGACCAGGGACAGGGCGCUGGACAUUACUUUGCUGUGAAUGUGCCUUUACAGCAGGGUAUUGAUGAUGAUGACUAUCUUUCCGUUUUUCGCCCAAUCAUAGGACAAGUAGUGGAAUGCUUCCAGCCAGAGGCUAUAGUCUUGCAGUGCGGAGCAGAUUCUCUCGGGUGUGAUCGACUCGGCUGUUUCAAUUUAUCGUGAGU